CCUGCAAACAAUUGUAUAUGGCACAGCGUGCCUUUACCAGCAAAGCAACAAAAUGUUCAAAUACAUUAUAAUUAUGGCAGUCAUCUCGGCGGUGCAAUGCGCUGAUGUCGUACGCAUACCGCUACUUAGGCAUGAAAAGAGUCACAGAACGUUGGCAAGUGUACGCGCUGAAAUCGCUGGACUUCGUAGUAAAUACAAUGUGACAAAGACGCAGACGCAGAGUAUCGUCAAAGAAACACUCAUCAAUUCAGAAAAUAUGGGUUAUUAUGGCAAUAUUAGCAUCGGCACACCGCCACAAUAUUUUUUGGUGCUUUUCGAUACGGGUUCUUCGGAUUUUUGGAUACCCUCAAGUAACUGCCUAACCAAAGAUUAUGCGUGUCACGACCAUCAUCGUUAUAAUAGCAGUAAAUCGAGUACUUAUAUAUCGAAUGGCAAACGAGCUGACAUGUUGUAUGGUAGUGGUGAUAUGUCUGGUUACUUCUCCACCGAUACCGUACGCAUUGGUGGUUUAAAUAUUACAAAUCAAACUUUUGUUGAGGCGACACAAGAACCGGGCAAUACAUUUAAUCAUAAACAUUUCGAUGGCAUACUCGGCAUGGGUUAUCAGGCAUUCGCAUCGGAUCGCGUAGCACCACCAUUCUAUAACUUGUGGUCGCAACAUUUGAUUAGCAAGGACAUAUUCUCCUUCUAUUUGGCGCGCAAUGGCAGUUCGCAACAAGGUGGUGAACUUAUAUUGGGCGGUUCAGACCCCAAAUAUUACCGUGGUAAUAUUUCAUAUGUACCAGUUACUCAACAAGGCUAUUGGCAAUUCAAAGUCGACUCUAUCGCGGUUAAUGGUACCACCGUGAAGCAGAACUUUCAGGCAAUUGCCGACACCGGCACCAGUCUUAUCGCUGUUGGCGAUUAUGAAGCUUUCGUGACAUUGAAUGAGAAAAUUGGCGCUAAGCGAGUCAAUGCGGAUAACUUUUAUGUUAAUUGCUCUACAGUAGCGUCAUUACCAAAUGUUGAUAUUAGAAUUGGUGGCAAAAACUUCAGUCUCGCGCCAAGCACCUAUAUACAUCACUCGAAUGGUUUAUGCUUGUCGAGCUUCUUCUAUAUGGCAGAUUAUAUAUGGGUUUUGGGUGAUACCUUUAUUGGCAAUUUCUACACUGAAUUCGAUUUGGGCAAUAAUCGUGUGGGUUUUGCGACAGCCGCUUAAUUAUUUAGAUAAAAUUCCGUAUUAAAUUGAUGAUUUUAUUGGCUGUCCAAAAAUCUCCGUUAUACGAACGCUAUAUUUUCUAUUAAAUAUCGAACUGUAAAUAUACGAAUGCAUUUAUCGAGUAAAAUACAUAAUUUUUAUGAAA